CACAAAGCAUCUGCUGAAUACCGGGAGUUUACCUUCUGGAAGACCCGGAUACAGCAGAGAAAGGUCUGAACCCUCGACAUAAAGGCUAUUAACCUCCACCUGAUCAAUACCAUCCCUCUGACCUCGGGAUCUGGAUGUUCAUGCAGUGGAGGCCGACCUCUUCUUCUCUCCACGGGCGUUCUCAGAGUGGGAGGACAGGUUAAAGAACAGAGUACAUUCUCAUCGUCUCACCGCGACUGUGAGAGGAGAGAGAGACAGAUCCUCAGAACGACUCCACCAAUCACACAGCCCAGGGAGGAUGAGUCUGUCGAGAAACGGGACCCUGGAGAAGGGCAUCACCCAGCUGAAUCACAUUAAUAAUGGGGAACCUCUGUCAUCACUGCCAUCCCACCUCCAGCACACAGGCUCUGUGACCUCUGUGCCAAGGUCACCCACGGGGGGGUCAGGAUUGGUGGUGCCACCCCCGUACUCAGUGGCGGGCAGCGCAUCAGGGGGUACAGACGCCCCUCUGGAGCUGAGAGGCUCUCUGGACUGCUGGGCGUGCUCAGUACUGGUGACGGCUCAGAACCUGAUCAUCGCACUGGUCAACGGCACACUGGCCAGCAUCGUGUUCGGCACCAUCUUGACCCCAGCGCUGGUCAUGGUCGUGUUUGGCUUCCUGUGUCACUCCACGGUGCAGCCCAAUGGCACGUCCCUGUACUGUUCAGACCUGCUGGAUGACGGUGGCUGUGUGGCCCUGCUGGUGGUGGGCUUCAUCCUGGUCACCCCCCUCCUGGUCCUGGCUCUGGCUGCCUACUGCCGCCUGGCCCGCCACCUCCAACUGGGCCUCUGUUUCAUCCCCUACAGCAGGGCCGUAUACAAGAACCUGCCUGCCUCGCGCCACCGUGGAGGGGACUGCUGCGGCCAGCAUGGGGCCUCAGAGGGGGAGGGCAAAGGCAGUGUGUGGGUGUGAGUAGAGUAGAUGUUGACCCAACCACCGAUGCAGGGUCAGAUAACAUUUUCUUCCUCCUUAUGGUGAAGGUUAGGAUUGGGGGUCAAGUAAUUUGAUCCUAGAUCUGUGGAUAGGGGCAACUUGUACUUUGAGCAGGGAGGGGGAGAAUGUGAAGGAAUGGAGAAAGAAAA